CAAAUUAAAUCAUCAGCAUGAGGGAAACACACGGUGUGUAGAGACUUAUGGCAACACCUAAAAUUCUGGUUGGUCCGCUAUCUUUAUAAUACUUAUAUAUACAUAUAUAUCUAUCCAUCUUAUAGUAUACAUUUUACACAUACAAACACGCACAACUAAGUGACUACUAUUGGUGAGAGUGAGAGUAGAUGUCCCACUACCAUUUCAAGUACACAUACAAACACGCACAGUACAUUUUAAGCAAAAAGUGAGUGCAAAUGAUUCCGCGAAAUUUGGGACUUUUGAUGAUCUAGAAUUUGACUUUUGGUAACGCCUAGAUCACAGGUUUUAAUUGCCACCAGCUGCUAAAUGUUGCUAUCUCUCACGGGUUGGUGCUGAAUUCGCAGUGCAUUCAAUGUGUUUCUCUCUCUACCCACUAAAUUGUCCUCACACUCUGAUCUAUAAAAGCGUAUGUUUUUGUACAAACUCUGCUUUUCUUGUUAUCAUAAAUCAUCCAAACAUUGAACGGUCUUUCUGUUGUUAUGGUUACGUGUUUACUUCUGUACUGUGUUGUCUGAAAUACCCAUACUAAUAAAUGGCUCAUAAAGUGUUUGAUAUAUAUUCUCAAAGAAGGGCAAGUGUUUGAAUCUCUGUUUUGGUUGUUGAGGGUGGGCUAAUGUAAUGCUGGAAUAAAUUUUCAUUUCGAAAUUGUGAUCUUUCUUAUUUGAUUUCAGUUCAUUUGUGUUUUUGAUUUGAAAAGAAAAAAACCCCAAGUCCCAGAAAUUGUUUUUAGAGGAGUUGAAUUUGAAGAUCAUUUUAGUGUCUUUAAUAUAAUUUUUACAGCCUUACUGUGAGUUUGAAAGCAUUACCAUUCUGUUCAAUUUAUAUUUCAUGACAUACUGUGCAUCUCUGAGUCUUUCAAUAACUCUUCCUGCCUCCCUUCAGUUGGGAGUUCACUUAUUUGAUAUUGCAUCGAAAAAUAUAAUUUUUUUUCUUCCUUGUGUUUCAGUAUUCAUUUGAAAAAAUAAAGUUUUUAUAUUAAUCUCCUAAUAUUCGUUGGAAUGGGUAUUCUUUUAGAUAGAGAAAUCAUUGUUGGCGUUGUAUUCCGAAUAUUGACAGCCUUGAUCUUGGCGAGGAUUUGCUUGGCGAAUAAUGUCCCUGCUAAUUUUGUUUUUGGUGAUUCCUUGGUUGAGGUGGGAAACAACAACUACAUUGCAUCUCUGUCCAAAGCUAACUUCAUUCCAAAUGGAAUUGAUUUUGGAAUGCCAACAGGAAGAUACACAAAUGGAAGAACUAUAGUCGACAUUAUAGGACAAGAAGUAUUGUGUUUUAAAGAUUUUACACCUCCAUAUUUGGCUCCAACUACAGUUGGAGCUGUGAUUCUGCAGGGUGUCAAUUAUGCUUCUGGUGGAGGAGGUAUUCUAAAUCACACCGGGAAGAUCUUUGGUGGUAGAAUCAAUUUGGAUGCGCAGAUGGAUAAUUUUGCAAAUACAAGGCAAUACAUAAUCGCAAAUAUAGGUGCUCCUGCAGCAAUGAAGCUAUUUAAAAAUUCUCUCUUCUCAAUUACAAUUGGCUCAAAUGACUUCAUCAACAACUAUUUAACUCCUGUUGUCUCAACUGUUGAGCAACAAUUUGUUCCUCCAGAAAUUUUUGUGGGUGCCAUGAUUUCAAGAUUUAGAAUACAGCUCAUGAGACUCUAUGACAUGGGUGCUAGAAGGAUUCUUGUGGCAAAUGUCGGGCCAAUUGGGUGUAUUCCCUUCCAGAGGGAUCUUAAUCCGUCUGCGGGAAGUAGCUGUGUUGCUUUUUCAAAUGAGUUAGCCCAGUUAUUCAACUCUGAUCUGAAGAGCCUUAUCGCGGAGCUCAGUUCAGAUCUAGUUGAAUCCAAGUUUGUUUAUGCAGAUGUCUACCGCAUUGUAGAUGAUAUCAUUCAAAACUACAUGUCAUAUGGUUUUGAGAAUUCAAAUUCUUCCUGCUGCUACACUGCUGGGCGAUUUGGGGGUUUGGUCCCAUGUGGUCCUUCAUCAAAAAUUUGUCCGGACAGAUCCAAGUUUGUUUUCUGGGACCCUUUUCAUCCAACUGAUGCUGCUAAUGCUAUCAUCGCGAAGCGACUUAUAGAUGGUGGUUCGGAUGAUAUAUCACCGAUGAAUAUUCGACAACUCUUGAGUCUUGACCUAUGAAGAAGAAUUAGAUUAGAUUGCUCAGUGGAUGAUUCAAGUAAAAGUUGGACACAGAAUUUACAUUCUGUUUGCAUGGUUAUAGAUGUUACAUUGAUUUAUCAACAACUUGGAAAUAGGAAAUAGGAAUAUACUAGUUAUUGAUUACUGGAUUGAAUAAAACGUUGAUUAUUAUGUUUGAAUCCGAAAAUGGGUACAUAUAGAAUUACAGAUACAGGGGCUUGUGUUGAUUUUCUUAUUAAGAAAAAGAAAUGUUCUACACUACUUUUUUUCAUAGAAAUGAAAAAUAAAUAAAUAAAUAAAUAAAUAAAUAAAAAAUAAAAGAAGAGUGUGUUCCUUUCACAUCAAAUAUAUAUUGGACCACUUGGAAUUACAAA